AUGCUUCAAUUCAGUUCUGGAGUUGAACCUUUGCCUUCCCGAAUGAUUUUCUGGAGUGAUACCUUUCUGGAACAUGAAAAGGCCAAUCAUUCCGAUAUCAUUCGGAAUCAUCCGUUUAAUUAUCGAAUGGAAAUUGUAUUGAAUUAUUAUAAUAAUAAUCAAAAUAGCCGUUCCAAAGGAGAAGAUGGUCUAGUUUCGUACGAGGAAGAAGAAAAAGCCUCUCGCUCUCAAGAGAAUAAUUCCAAACGUGAAUCAUCAUUGUUGGUAAAUUCAAAGGAAUUGAUUCAAAACAUUCUCCGUACUUGCACAGAUUUAAAGGACAACUCGGUCGUUUAUAUUUGUUCAAAUAUUCAACCCGUGGAUAUUAUUUCCUAUGUUCAAGAACGAGUCUUAACGAGAGAUGAUAAAUCCUCUUCGGAUUAUUUAGUCUAUUGUCAUACUCUUGGAGCUCAUACAGACUGUUUGAGUGCCAACCAAAUGGCCAUCUAUCCCAUCUUUAAAGCAAAAUCAUCAUCAAAUUUGAAUGAUAUCAUGCCUACUUCCUCAUCUUCAACAUUUUCUGAAAGAGAACAUCAUUUACGUUUCAGAUUUGAUCGAGAUACACUUCUUGAAAUUGGAUUGCAACGAAAUGAGACGAAGAAAAUUCACUCGAAAAAGACAAGCGCUCACUCUGCUAAUUUUGAGAGUGAUUAUUAUUCAACAGUGGGAUACAAGAUGCCUUUCAAACCAAAAUCUAAAGAAUAUGAACGAUUGCUGUGGUCUCUGAACAAAGAAGAAACAUGCCCAAUGCAUUGCUUCUUUGGAGUUUAUAGUGUUGAAAAGAAUUGUUGGAUUGAAAUGUCAGACUUUGAGUCUUUUAUCAUGUCAAGAAAUACCUCUAUCAAUAAUUUAGAGGGAACAACCACAACAACAUCUGGUGCGAGUUCAAGAACAGUUUUGAUUAAAAAGACGUCAGGAAAGGACACUUUCAAUGUAAGAAUUUUGAAGGAAGAAUCUCUCGUUCUCCCUCGAGUUGAAUUGAGUAUUGAAACAGUUGCAAAAGGAGGUGAAAAGAGUGAACAGAAGAAGAACAACAAGCAUCAUCCAAGCACUACCUCCACACUGGAAGGAUUUUCUCGGUUGCAACAACUAGGCCAUUCUCGUCAAGUUCAAUCCAGUCUCAUGGAUGAAACAAGUGACAAUGAAGAUGACAACCAUGAAGAAGGCAACCUUCACCAUACUUCAGGAAAUACUGAACAAAGCAAUAAUGAUGUUAAUAACGAUGACAAUGAGGAUGACGAAGUGAACACACACUUGUUGUCCAUAUUCAAAAAGUCUCUUUCAUUGUCUGAAGAGAGAGAAAUUUGUCAACAAGAAACAGCUAAGGCAAUUUUGACAUGUGUUGGAUUAUUGAGCGGAGGUAUGGGCUCUGAAUGUCUCAGUGCCUUAAAUGAUGAGAGCUCUACUCAAUCUGUGUUGCCACAUGCAACAACUACUUCUCAUCAGACACAGACGCAGCAGGAUGCAACUAAUACCAUUGUGGCACAACGUAAUAAUCUACUCUUCUCUAAUGCGCUCUUGCAUGAUGUGAAAUUUUCCAAGGUCGAUCAAACCUUCGUCAUUAAGCUUGAUGGAAUUUUACCACCCUUAUUUAUUGAGAAAAUUUUCCAACUAGUCUGGCAAGGAACCAGAGUAGCACAAUGUUGGAAUGCCUUUUUAGUGACAGGAAUGGACGAUGCUGUUGUGAGUUGGAAAAAAUUUAACCAUACCUAUUCAGUGAGUGGAGAAAAUGAUUAUUUGUAUGUGAUAUUUCCAACAGUCUUUUCUGAGACAAAACAACAAGAAAUUACACCCAAUUGGUUGAUUCAAAUUUUGAAUCAGCAAGACGAGUUUUCGUAG